AUGAGGAAUUGCUUUAUGACAAGCAAAAGCUUCUUGAGAACGGGGAUCGUUGGGACGGCGGAGUUUGACGAGCUGCAGAAGGCGUACGAGGUGCUGUCAGACGAGCAGGCGCGCAAGGCAUAUGACGACCUGCGCAUGUUUGACGAGCUGCAGAAGGCGUACGAGGUGCUGUCAGACGAGCAGGCGCGCAAGGCAUAUGACGACCUGCGCAUGGUGCGGCGCGAGCGCGAGCGCAAGCUGGGCCAGCAGAGCAGCAAGCGGCAGCGCAUGGUGGCCGAACUGGCGGAGAGAGAGAAAAUGGCGGAGCGGCAGCGCAGCGAGGAGGAAAGAGCGAAGCAGCGGCUAAAGUCGGAGAUUGAGAGGAUCAGGAAGGAAGCAGCGGAUGCUGCUGCUGCUGCCGCUGCUGCUGCGCGCGCUGCGAGGGGUGGAGGGAGUGGAGGGAACGGGGCGGAGAAUGGGGAGGGAGGAGCAGGGGUGGUUGGAGAGGAGAUGGAGCGGACGCUCAAGGUGUCCUGGUUGAGAGGAGGGGUGGAGGAUGGGGAGGGGGGGGCGGGAGGAGGAGGCGCAGGAGCAGGGGUGGCGGGAGAGGAGUAUAGUGUGCAGCGGUUGUGGCGGGUUUUUGAGGAGUUUGGAAAGGUGGAGGAUGUGGUGGUGAGGGAUGCGGCGAAGGGCAAGGGUAAAGGGGGUAAGGCGGGCAAGGCGAGAAAGAAAGGCAGUGCUCUGGUGGUGAUGGCAACUAAGGAAGCUGCGAUAGCCGCCACCCGCUCUGUCUGCGGCGAUUCCACAAACCCCCUUAUAGUCACGCGAGCUGUGCCUGCACCUGCAGCGUCCACCAUAUGGGGCGCUGACACCCCCUUCAGUCCUUCCGCUACCACCGCUGCUGCAGCCACCUCAGCAGCAGCAGCAGCGGCAGAUGCAGCAGCUGCAAGAGCCAGGGCUGGGACUCAUGGUGCUGCUGGUGGCUUUGGCAUGGGGGCAGCUGGCAGCAGUGCUGGUGUUGGGGCCAGUGCUGGUGCAGGCACGAGUGGAAUGAGGGGAGAUGGAGGGGCGAAGCCAGCAGGAGAAGCGAGUAGUAGAGCGGGUAUGGGUGGCUUUCAAGCGAAUGGAGCAAAAAAUGGGGCAGCUGUAGGAGAAGGGGGAGGAGCAGGAGGUGGGGUGGGAGUUGGAGCUAGGCCGGCCAUGGCAACAGCGGGUUCGUCGUAUCGAGACUAUGAGAGUGUAACUCUCAUGCGCAUGCGACAGGCAGCUGAGAGGGCACGCAUAAUCAAGGAGAUGCAAGCUGCAGAAGAAGCAGGGACUGCUGAUGAGUAA